CACUGCAGUAGGUGGUGCCUUGGUUCUUUGCUAGCCCUGCCCUGUCGCUGUGGCCUGGCAGGAGUGAAGGCGAGACCCCUCCCCCAGUCCCUGCUGAGCUGGGUGGGAAAUGACAGGGCUCCUCAGUUCUGAUCUCUACAGUUCUCAUCCCCUCUUGUGUUUAAAGAACAGGAGAACUUGUGGCACCUUAGAGACUAACACAUUUAUUUGAGAUAAGCUUUCAUGGGCUACAGCCCACUUCAUCGGAUGCAUGGAGUGGAAAAUACAGUAGGAAGAGAUAUAUACAGAGAACAUGAAACAGUGGGUGUUACCAUACACACUGUAAGGAGAAUAGGAGUACUUGUGGCACCUUAGAGACUAACAAAUUUAGUCACCCACUCCUGUGAUGGACCCACAGGGAUUCAGGCCCAGCUGCUCUGGUGAAGGUUACAAACCAGUUUACUCUGUAGCUCCCUCUUCAUUCCCCUGCAUCAUGGGAAGAAAGUGGUGCACAGACCCUGGAGUGGGAAUUAUGGACUUUUGUGAACCCUGCAACCAAGGGGAGAUGCUGAGAAGAGGACUGUGGCCCAGGAAGGGCGAAGGGCUUGUGUUAAUUUGUUUGGAUUCUCACUCCUCCCAGAAGAGGGAGGACACUUGUUGCCAUGGUGACUGUGGGGAGCUACACUGAAUUUAUUACCCAACUGCUGAGGGGAAACUGAGGCAUGGCCAGAGUUCAACUGAGGAACAGGCUCACCGGAUGCCAGGCCAGGCUGUGAGCUGGUUUGACGGCCGCUGCGCAUUGUAGUUCUUUGAAAACAUCCGCUCAGUGACGCCAAGAUCUUUCCUGAGCGAUCACCUGGGAGAGAAGCCAAAGCCAGGGACACUGCACUGACUGGAACUGACUCUGCCACGACGGCGUAGAGCCAUUUCUUGCAGCUGGCUCCAAGCUGAUCAGAGUCCAGCACCCACCGCUGCCUCCCUGAGAGGAGAAAUGCGGAAGGGAGCAGAAGCAGAUCCUCCUGGACAGCUUCUUAACAGCUCCAUAGACUUGAAGGGUUCUGGAGAACGAGAUCAUCCAGCUAAUUCCAGCUCCAGGAAACCUGCAGUAUGGGAUCGUCCAGCUGCCCUCAGAGCCAUAAUCGUGGUUACAAUGGUCGUCAUCGUCGCUCUAGUAGCAGCUUUGAUAGUGGUAACAUCUAGGCCAUCUCCUCCAUGGCCCCCUGCUGCCUCCUGCUGCCCGGACGGCUGGAUCCGGAUCCAAGGGAAAUGUUACUAUUUUUCUAAGGCCGAAGGGAACUGGACCUACAGCCAGAGCUUCUGCUUGUCACACGCUGCCUCCCUGGCCGGGAUUGAGAGUCUGCAGGAGCUGGGUUCCCUGCUGCCAUAUGAAGGCAGAUUGGACCACUGGAUCGGCCUCCGGAAGGACACGGGCCAGGUCUGGAAAUGGGCCAACGGGACCGAGUUUGACCGUCGGUUUGAAAUACACGGAGGAGCAGACUGUGUGUGCCUGGAUGAAGACCUCACUGUCACCACGUCAAGCUGCAGCACACCAAGAAAAUGGAUCUGCAGUAAACCUGAUACCCCUGCGAAGGGAGAGGAGGGAGCAGUGGGAGGGGAUUCGUGAACUCAAGGGAAUUGGAGACCAGCUGUGACAAAGCCUUGUUCUAGUCCCCUCCAUGCUGCAGCCUGGUUCCUUGUUUCUUAGCCUGUCUCCAGGGUUUGUCCAGUCUCAGUCAUCAAUUACCCUUAUGCUGGGUGCCCAGACAGCAAAUGUGAAAAAUUGGGACGGGGGUGGAGGGUGAUAGGAGCCUAUAUAAGGAAAGACCAAAAAAUCAGGACUGUCCCUAUAAAACUGGAGCAUCUGGUCACCCUACCUAAUGCUGGGGUCUGUGACCCUUCUCUCAGGGAGACUGUCACAGUAACUGGAUCUCUAUCCCACCUCCAUCAGGUCAGGACUUGUCUCCAGCCCCCCUUGUCUCUGGGCAGGGACCUCAUCCCACUCCCUGACCAGGGCACUUGAAGCUGCACAGCUCCCUUCCGUACACUGCGAUAUCCCCAGCAAGCCAGCCUGGCUAAAAGCCAGCGCCUGCGCUUUGCUUCCACUCUGAGCACAGUGCCCAGCACGUUCCAGCUGUUACAAGCUAGAACACGGCCCUUUCUUGACUGAUUAUUUAUUCUAGGUCAAAAGCAUUAAGGAGAAAAUGUAUAAAAAUCACGAAAAGGUCCCCCACACUAAACACACCAGGAAUCAUCCCUCUUCCAGGGGAGAGUCUAGUAGCCAGUGACUCUUCCAGGCCCUCCCUAUGGGGUUGGGGUCCCCCCUCCCCAGCUGAGAGCAGGUCCUGUCUGUUUGAAUCAAAAUGAAGGCUGUGAAUCUGUUUAAAUUCAGCCUUUGAGUGUCCUAAGUUCUAUCUCAAUCUCUGGAAAAACCCCUGUGAGCCAGUGUGUGGGAACCAAAUGUUCCAGGGUGCGACCCAGCCAGGGAGCGGCUGGGUCACUGCUUGCCCUGCAGCCUGGGGUGUCUCACAGUCCUGUGCAGAAGCUCCCA